AUGCUGCUGGUUGUGACUAUUGCUGGUGGAGCCGGUGCACGCAAGCAUCUCCUUGCAAAGCAGCUGAGUGACUUGCUACAGUCUCGCUACUCUACCAUUAGCACGGCCAUUCUCUCGCUUGAAGACUUUAAAAAGCAUGAUGUCGAAGAAGUAGAAGAGCCUUCAGGCCUUUCUCUAGCUGCUGUCAUUGAGAAGAUUGACGCCUAUGCAGCUCAAUCUGUCAGCUCUGCAAGCCUUGACCUUCAGGUGCUGUUUGUGGAGGGCGUCUAUGCCAUGCUGCCAGAGCUGCGAGAGAAGAGCGAUUUACGCAUCUUUAUCGAUACUGAUGCAGAUACAAGACUGUCCAACACUGUUCUCGAUAAGAGCGAUGCAGGUAUACCGCUAGAUCAAAUCCUGACGAGCUGGAUCAAUAAGGUCAAGCCAAGCUUUGACAAGUACGUCAAUGAGACUAAAAAUCAUGCAGAUGUCAUUCUGCCGCGCGGUAUCUGUAAUGAAGGUGGAGUAGCGACGAUCGCUACAUACUUGCUGGAUGCAGUAGCGAGCAGACUCGAUGGCACCUCGGACCUCUCGGCGUCCCAAAUGUUGGUGUCGCGUGCUGGCAUGAGAAGUCUGCGCGACUCGGACAAUAUCUACUACGAUUCAUCCUAA